UCUAUUUGAGGCCGGAGGUGGCGAGGUGGGAAUGUCGCUGGCGCAGAGGUGGUAGGCCUGGCGGAAACGGGCGGACUGAGUGGAGUCGGAAUCCGGGACUGUGGUUGGGCUGGGUUUCCGUGGCCGUGUUUCUGAAAGGACGACUCGUAACAGGGUCCUCAGGGACUAGGAGAAGCACGGGAUGGGCGCGCGGGGGAUGGAACAUUGAGGGCACCACGCCUGGCCUGGCGCGACACUCCCGGAACCGCUGUGGCUGAGGGGCGGGCUCGCGGUUUUUCAAAUGUCUUCAUGGAGUUGGUUGAGUAGGUGUGAAGACUCGACGUUAUUCUAGGACCCUUCGGCCCUUACGAGCCGCUCCUAGAAAAUGCCCCACCACCUGGGAAGCUGCGACGGGAUGCUUAGGAGAUAGCAGAAAUUCCUUGAUGUGAUAUGAGCCAGAACGCGUUUGGACUUGUAGGUCGCUAAAGUUCCCAUUGCACGGGAGAGACACAAGCAUUCCCCAGUGUCAUCAACCCCAGACACACUUUGCAUUUUAAUAAGAGGCUAGACACACCGGGAAGACAGAUGAGCGCCACAGCCGCUUUUCUUCCUAGGCACGUGAAGGGAAGUGAACUUGCUCAGCAAGAAUGCACAUGACUGGACAGUACUGUGAAAGGAGCUGCAGAAAGCCCCAAAGCCAAGAUGGCACUGAAAACCAAGAAAGGAUUGAAAGGUUCCAUCGAUGAUGUCCUUGGUGACCUCCUGGGAGAUGACACAGCACUGCUUGAGAAGCCUUUUGAGCCAGCCUCACAUGCCAAAGACACAGCAAGCAUACCUCAGUGGCCCCCUUCAAAGGCUAAAGCAAGGUCCCUCCAAAAAGACAGUGUUGAAGGCCUGAUGGGAGCUGAUGCUGAGGUCUCCAGUGUCUCGGAUGCAGACCCACAGGUCUUCUUGCAGAACAUGAAGGACCUGGACAGCAUGGAUGAUGAUCUCUUUGGUCGGAUGAAGUCUCAUCCACCCUCUGGCAAAGGAACUGCAAAGGGUUCUGGGAAAGAAGUGCCUAGAAAUCCCAAGCCUGCUGGCACAUUAACAGCUAAUGAGAAAGGAGAUGCCAUUCCCACCAAGAAGCCACCUCCCGCUUCCAGCAGCUUUGGGCUUCAGUACAGGAAGUUUUCCUUUGAAGACCCACUGGCGGGACUUCUCUCUGAUAAGGAGGAGGAAACUGCCAAGAAGCUACCCACAGUGGAGAGUAAGCCUGCUUCUAAGAGCCCCAGCAUGGCUGCAGGCCAAGGUCCUUCUGUUCCUCUAACUCCUGGAGAUACUCCCAUCCGGAAGAAAGAAUUGCUGUUUGAUGAAGGCGAUGACAUUAUGACCUCCCUGGGUUUUGAAGAUAGCCCCAAGGCAGAGAGGAAGAAGACAGAAGACCAGGAAGGGCCCCUCCCUGCUCGCUCAAAGCUGGAUGAACUGCUGGGUCGAGGCUCAGCUGCCAAGCUCCUUACUCGCCCAGGCCCUGCGGAACACAGAGAGUUCAAGCUAGACAAGAAGCAUCAGAAGACAGAGGACAAAGAAGACAGCUGGGAUGAUGAGAUCCUCACUUUUGGGGCUUACCAGCCCACUGUGGCUUCUUCGGAGGGCAGACAGUCCCGCCGGCAGUCGGUCAGGUUCUUGGGAGAAGGUGGCUCAGACCUUAAGGGAGAACCCAGCUUCAAACAAAGCCCUCCACCAGCUUCCAGCCCCAUCCACCCCAAGAAAGGAGGAGCCGACUGGUUAGGCCUUAAGGACGAUGACCUGGACCUGCUGUCUCCCUCUCCUGUUCAAAAGGCUCAACAAGAAGACUCAGCCAUCUUGACACCCUCUCUACCCCCUCCUACAAACCAGCACUCAGCCCCAGAGCCACACUCUGCCCCAGCUGGACUGCCCUCAGCAGCAAAGCCAACAGCCAAGGGUUCGAGGCCCUCUACCAAAGCCAGCCAGGCCUCACUGAAAGUCUCUGAGGAGAAGGAAGAUGACUGGCUGAGCCAUGUCAUAUCCCAGAAGAAAUCCCAUGGUCUAGCCAGAGAGGAACGUGCUGGGCCCUCUAAGGGCCUGAACUCACUAGGAUCAUUGGGUCAGACUCCUUCUAGCAGCCAACCUGUCGCUAGCACCCAGGCCUUUGAGCAGGCCACUGCUGGAGAAGCCUCAAGAGCAACCACACAAGGGAUGGCAGCCAUCAGGCCUGGGGUCGCAGGAUCUUCCAUGAGUUGGAGCCAAACUUCCACUGUCCUCCCUAUAGGUGACCCCAAGACGGGAAUGGCCUCUGCCUCUGGGGACUUCUCUAUCAGAGAGCCUGCAGUUUAUGUUCCACAUUCCCAGGAACCCACGGGUCUCUCUGUGCCUGUCCAGCCCCUUCUCCCAGAGUCUGUGAUGCAGAGUCUGCUGCCAGGCUCAGGGUACCAGAAGCAACUCCUGGCCACCCAAGGGCAGCUUCAGAGCAGCACCGCCCAGCUUCAGGCUGAGCUGCUGCAGAGCCAGACCAAGCUGUCCGAGCUGGAGGCCCAGGUGAGGAAGUUGGAGCUAGAGCGGACCCAGCACGGGAUGCUGCUGGAGAGUUUGCAGCAGCAGCACCAGGCCGACCUGACGCUCAUUGAAGAUGCGCACAGAAGCCGUGUCAAGGUGCUAGAAGCAUCCUACCAGCAGCGGGAAGAGCAGCUUCGCAGAGAGAAGGAGGCUUUGUCAGCCCAGCAUGCGUCCUACUGCCGGGAAGCUGAGCAGGCAAGGGCUGAGCUCAUAGCCCAGCACCAGCGGCACUUGGCCGUGGCUGCACAGGAGAAGGACCAGGAGGUGGCCCGGCUUCGGGAGCUGCAGCAGGCAUCCAUCCUGGAGAUGCGCAAGGACCAUGAGCACCAACUACAGAGGUUGAAGAUGCUGAAGGACCAAGAGAUCGAUGCUGUCACUAGUGCCACCUCCCAUACUCGGUCUCUGAACGGCAUCAUUGAGCAGAUGGAGAAAUUUUCCAGCAGCUUGAACACGUUGUCCUCCCGUGUGGAGGCCUCGCACCUUAGCACCUCACAGGAGCGAGAGUUGGGGAUCCGGCAGCAAGAUGAGCAGCUGCGAGCUCUGCAGGAGCGGCUGGGCAGGCAGCAGCGAGACAUGGAGGAAGAGCGUGGCCGGCUCCAGGAGGUCAUUGGGAAGAUGGAGGUGCGCCUGAGUGAACAGAGCCGGCUCCUGGAACAGGAACGCUGGCGGGUGGCCGCUGAGAAGUCUAAGGCAGAGUCUGCACAGCGCACCCUGGAGGAGCAGAGGAAGGUCAUGGUCCAGCAGAUCUCCAUGGAGAGGGAGGAGCUGGAGAGAGCCAAGAGCACCUUGCUAGAGGAGCAGAAGUCGGUCAUGAAUAAGUGUGGGGAGGAGCGUCGGCGCCUAGCAGCAGAGUGGGCCGAGUAUUUCACACAGCAGAAGCUGAGUAAGGAACGGGCCGAGCGCGAGGCUGAGAGGGCCAUGCAUGCGGACUCCCAGCGCGAGGGCACCAUCAUCAGCCUGACCAAGGAGCAGGCAGAGCUGACGGUUAAGGCCUGUGAGCUCCGGGCCAGGGAAGAGAAGCUAGCUGCUGAGAGGGAGGCUCUGGAGAGAGAGCGCCAGGAGCUUCGACUGGAGAAGGACAGGUUACACAAAGCCAGCCUGCGCCUCCAGGCCCGUGCACAGGAGGUGGAACACAUGAGCAAGGUGGCCUCCAAGAAGUAUGAGGAGGGUGAGCAGGCCCUACAGGAAGCCCAGCAGAUGCUGUCUGAGCAGCAGGGCCGGCUGCAGACAGUGCAGCGGCAGCAGGAAUGGCUGCGGCAGCAGGAGCAGCGUAUGCACCAGGAGCAUCUGAGCCUGGCUCAGCAGAGGCUGCAGCUGGACCGUGUGCGACAGGAAGUGCCUUCCAGCCUUCCAGGGCUGCCCUCUGCAGUUCAGGGCCCAGCAGUGUCCAGCAUGGAGGCCGUCCAGCCCUCUGCUCCUGCCACGCCUCAGUGUAGCCAGAUACCUGCUGCCCCGGUGCCUACACACCUUCUUGCCAAGCUGCUGCUGCUGAAGCAUACAGCGGCACAGGACCACGACUUCCUGGAAAAUGAACAGUUCUUCCUGGAAACUCUGAAGAAAGCGCCCUACAAUAUGGCAUACCAUUCUGCCUGAAAAUACCCACUGCCUCCUCAGCAAGUA